AUAAAUCUUGCGAGGAGCUAAAAUUUUCUGUGGUCGUCGAAGCGCGAGCAAGCAUCCCAAAACCCUAGCUUGCGUUCUGCUUUCGUCUUUUACAUCAGGAUGGAGUCUCAGGUGAAGCACGCACUUGUUGUCAAAGUUAUGGGUCGUACUGGAUCCAGAGGACAAGUAACCCAGGUUAGAGUGAAAUUUUUGGAUGAUCAGAACCGUCACAUCAUGAGGAAUGUGAAAGGACCUGUGCGAGAAGGAGACAUUCUCACCCUACUCGAGUCUGAAAGGGAAGCAAGAAGAUUGCGCUAGAUGGUUUCUUUUGGCUUGCCUCCAAAUUCGAACAAAACAGUGUGAUUUUGUUGAUUUUAAUGGUAGUUGGUGGAUGUCAAAGGUUUUAGCACCCUAUCUUAUUGUCUGUCUUUGGUCUAUUUUUAUUCGAAUUAUGGCGUGAACUUUGGAUGAUUUGAGUUUAAGCUUCAAGGUUGUAGUAUGUUUUGGUUUAGUAUAUGAUUUGAAUCAUGGCUUGAAUUUUGGACUAAUAUAUAUGAUCUGGCUUCUAUAUGGUGCUAUUCCUGCUA